UGUUCCUGUUUAAAUCUUUAUCGGCCAUCCACACCCUUUUUACAAGAAAAAUGAAAUUCAAACUGCUCCAUAGGAAGAAAAGAAGCUGACAUGGGCGUUUCUUUAUACUGUUGGAAAAGAAUCUCAAGUGCGGCCAUAUAAAAGAACUUGGAAAAUGUGUCACUUAAGUUAAUCUAGCCAGUAUCGUCAGAAGAUCACGAACCCUCUCUCAGCGGUUUCGGCAGACUCGUGCAAGAUGAAGUCUUCAACUGAUCUCAUGAUCACCAUGGUAACGGCACUUUUCCUGGUUGGCGGAAUCUCAUCACUUCCGACCAAAAAGGCUGUGACGAGUGGCGGAAUAACGACAGCCACCACCUUGAGCAAAGCCGAAUUUACUCCGGCUGCUGAUAACAAAGGUUACAUCCGCGUGGUUCUCGACGACCCGCAAUUAAAAGAAUUGGCUGCCUACGCUACCGAGGAGAUCCGAUUACGUCAGCAAUCGCCAGACCUCUCGCUAAAGGGUAUUGUCUUUGCUUUGAAACAAAUUUCCACGUCCAACAACUUCAAGGUGACUUUGGUGCUGGCCAAAACGGGCGAGAAACCUUCGCAAUCUUUGCUCUGCAACGUCGACGUUGUGGUGGAUGGAACCAACAACGAGCGGCGGCUGUCGAAAGCGGAUUGCAUCAGAGCCAACAUUGUCAGCGGUAUUCAAUCAAUAAGUUCAGACGGAACGUUUCAAGAGGACGCCGAUCUGGCGGCGGCUAUCUUCGCCGCUACCGAAUUUAACCGUCAAAAUAAUUCAUCUUCGCUAACCCUAUUGCAUUAUACCGCUUCCGGCUCGUUGGAGAUGAUAUCCGGCACGGAAUAUAAACUCCAGAUGCAAAUGAGCGACAAAAAGGACCAGGUUCUUUUGUGCGAUACAAACGUCUUACCGAGAACGCCCAGGAUACUGCACGGAGUAGAAUGUAGCGCUUCCGCUGGAAGAACGGAUAAGGACGAUGUCGGAUCUUAUAACGCGGCUGACGUCAAGGAUGCCGAUGUUAAAGAGACGGCCGAAUUUGCGGCCAACUCGCUAACGGAGCGGCAGGUUCACAAAUUGAGUACUGCUGUAGCAGGUGCGGAUGAUUUGUUGAGCCUGGUGAAGGUUGCCAAAGCCUGGAAGAAACCUGUUCGCGGAAUCCAGCGGAGACUUCGCAUGACGUUGAGUAACGAAGGAAUCACCGAGCCGUCAUCUUAUUGCUUGGCCGUCGUCUUUGAAGAUAGAUUGUCGGGAGAAUAUGAACUCGUCAACGGUCCCGGAACUACCGUCUGUUCGUCGACGCCACCUAUUGCUUGAAUUGAAAAGGCUUUAGCCAAAACAUUAAAACUUGUUGCAUAGUUUAAACCACCUUCUAUCCUUCUACAGUGUAAUAAUUUCAAAAGGCUAAUAACAAAGCGUGAAUAAAAUUGUUUAAAAUUAAUUUGUGGGCUUUCUUAAUGAACAUUACAAUAAAAUUUUGAAAGGGUGAAAAAGAAAGAAGGAAAAUUGGCACACAUAUUCCUGGAUGGCAAUUCGUUUUCAUGACGAACGACUUACGUUGGGUAAAACCAGGGUUGAACAGAAUUCUUGGUAUUAUUACCCCCUUGGACAAACGAUGAUUUCCUAAUAUUCUACGUAAUGCAUUUCUUUCAGUUGGUAUUGGAAAUUCAGUUGCUUGGCUGACUAGAAAAUUGGUGGCCCAGAUUGUAUCGUACUGACAUCGAAAGAGAUUCGUUUCGAGUUGCUCGACUGUUUCCCAUAAACAAGCUCAAUGGAGGGGUCUAUUGCCAAGAAAAGAAAACUGAAUCGAACGAAACCAGAGAGUUGGAACGAUGUGAAAUUCACUGAUUCCAACACGAACGGUUCCAAAGAGAUUUUUGAAGCUGUCAGGAUGGGAUCGAAGGAUGUUUUAAAAAAAUUACUGGCCACAAACGGACUAGAUGUGACAUCUAAACUUGCCCAGUCCUACAACGAAGAGGGUGAAACCCCCUUGCUGGUGGCAAUCAAAUGCAAACACUUGAAUGUGGUCAAGUUCUUGGUCGAAGAUUUGAAAGUCAAUAUCGGACAGAUUGGUCGAUUUUUCUGGAAAAUGAUGGAUUAUUCGGAAGUGCUGCCAUUAUUUGCAUCAAUUAUCUCCGACCAGCUAUCCAUUAUGCAAUUCCUUUUUGCUGAAGAAAUGAAGUACAAAUCUACAAUCAGUUUGGAUUCAAUUAUGUCGAGCUCCAUCCCUCGUCCGCAGAAAAUCGACCAACUGGAGCUGAUUGGCGCCACUUUUAUCCUUUUCAAAAAUGUUUCAUCGAUUUCACAAGAAGAUGAUGGAAUAAAUGACCCGGAUGAACAGCAAGGAAGGAUGUGCUGGAAAGAAGCCAUGACCCUUCGCCUUUGUCCAGCGGACGGUGAGCCGCAAAUUCCGAAGAUUCCGUUCCAAUUAUCCGAUCGUGGUCGCAAAGCUUUUGGAGAUCUUGUCGAACCGAUGACAUUGGAACAAGUCGUGCAAUCGCUGAAGAGUCCAUCUCUUAUCGGUGAGGCUUUCUUGGUCGCUAUCCGAUACCUCAGCCGAGCUGGUCUUUUCCCCAAUCUCUUCAUUCCUGAUCGUUUCUAUACGCAUUUUCUGCGUGAGUAUUAUACGUGUUCUGACAUUGGUUAUGUGUUUAAACAUGCCAUGUAUCUUUUGGAAUUGCUGGAGCCCUGCAAAUGGGAGGACGAUUUUCUUGGGUCAACAAGUUCAAUACUGCAUCAUUACAACAAUGAUUUCAAUAAUUUAAACUCGGCAUUGGAUACCAUAGCCUCGGUAAUCAAGAAAAUGGGAUGGAGUCUAGAUUCGAAAUUUGGUAGUGGCAUGCUGGAGUGUAUUCCGAUGCCGACGGACUUCGACAAUUGCAUGUUUAUCUUUCGCUUCUGUUGCAACCACAUUAGGAGAGUGAUCGCACAGUUUUGCCACGAUGGCCAGCUUACCAUUAUAGCUCGUCGUUUUAUCACAGAUACAAUGGAAGAAAUCACAAUUUUGCUGAUUGAAAUUUCCGGCUGUAUUCUCAUUUUGAUGUCCCAGCUGACUGCGGAAGAAAUUCAACAAUUGCAGCAAAGCAUCACGGAAUUUAUUCACCUGUGCGACCAGACGGGAACUUGUCGUUCUAAAUUUUUUAACUAUUUCUGCGUUUUGAUGGCCAGUGAUGGUGACCAUUUCGAAAAUGUUGGCGUUAUAAUCAUCCAGCAUUUUAUAGACUCCGGUUUACUGGAUCCCAACGCAGUGGAUGACGAGGGAGACACCGUACUACACCAUCUAAUCUCUCGUCUACAAUUUCACUGUGACACCGGCAUUGAAAAAUUCAGCUUUACGGCUCUAGUACAGAUGUUGGAUAAUGGCGGCCAAAUCGACAAAGUUAACAACGAUGGCCAAACAGUUCGUGGUAUUCUCGCACACUGGAAAUCAGAACUAAUAGCCAAGGAUAUUCUAAUCAUCCUGAUGGUAUUGACUCGGUGAUUAACAGACCCGCACUUUUACCUCUGACCUCCUGCUGUGCCCAGCUAAUCCGGAAGCGGCAAAUUCCUUUCGAGAACUUGGAGCUUCCGUCAUCUUUGAAAUUGUUUCUUCGCCGUGGAUAUUAAAGUGUAUUCCUCCUUUUAAUUUUCUUUAUGUUACUCAGAAUUGGUGUAUUUCCCUAGUGGAACAAUUUUCCUUGGAAUUUUUAAUCAUCAUGUUUCACAGAAUUCGUUGCGCAGACGUUGUACCCUUCCAUUGUGUUGGAUGAUGGUUAUAAUUACUUUUUGAAAUACAUGAAAAUCAAGAUAUUGGUCGUUUCGGUACUCCCGUAAAAAAAGUGAUUGAAUUCAGUAGAAAAUGUGAAACUCGGGUGUGUAAAACUUGUCCGAUUUGAAAGUUCGAGAAACCAGUCAAUUGUCAGAGGUCGUAAAAUUUUCUUUUUUUCAGG